AUGGUUCGUCGAUUGGUACAUGGUCCACAGUUUUCACCGCUGCUUUUAAAUAUAAUCCGUCUUUGUAUCCUAUCUGUUAAUAUUGGUAUUCGAAGUGGAACAGAUAUAUUAAAAGCAUUAGCAUUAGAUACACGAGCUGUUCUUAUUCGUCCAUCUAUUUUAUAUGGAUUCGCUGGUGGUGAACAUGAUGGGAUUAAAAGAGUUUUAGAUAUUUCUUUACAAAAGAAUUAA